AUGAUAGGAAUAGUUAUCUUGAUCCUUUUUGCAUUUUUAAUAAAAAGAUUUUUAAAAAAAUAUGAAAAGCCUUUGUAUAAUCAUGUCGGGUAAUAUAAAUAUACAUAUCAUGGUAAAAAUAAAGAAUACUAUACUGAAACCCUUUAUUACCCAUCUAGCUGUAACGAUCAUUCUAUUGUCUUCUUGUUUUAAUCUGGAAACCCUGGAUACGUUAAAUUUUAUGAUAGAUUUUUGCUUCAUUUGAGUUAAGCUUUUAACAAAUAAUACGACGUAAUAGGAAUAGGCUAAGCAGGAUAAUUUAAAAAAGAAGGGUCAUUCAAAAGAUACUUUAAUCUAAAACAAUAAAUUGACCAUAAAAUAUAAUAUUUUAAUGAUUUAAUUAAGUAAGAUAAAUAUAAAAAUUCUAAAUUUGUUUUUAUAGGCCAUUCAUGUGGUUGCUAUACAACUUUGAAAUUAAUUAAUGCCAUAGACUAAAAAAGAAUAUUUCAUGUAAUAAUGAUACAUCCUACAAUAGACAGGCUUGUUCAAACUCCUUUGGGUUAAGAGAGAAACAACCUUCAUAGAUAUACAUUUUUUAUAAAAAUAGCCUUAAAAUGUAUUGAUUACUUUAUACCUUUAUCUUUGCUUAGAUUUAUCAGUUUAAAGGCAUAUGAGAAUGAGAGGAUAUAAAAUGGAGAAGACAUUAACGAUUGUGCUGAAAACAUAGCUUAAUGGAUCGGAUAUGAAACAGGACUAAGCUUUAUGUAUUUAACAAAAUUUUAAUUUGACGAAAUUAAACAACUAAAUGAAUCAGAAAUAAAAAAAUUUUCAAAUAAAAUGACUGUCUAUUACGCUAAGGGAGAUGAAUAUACCCCAGAAUACAUAAAAAAAGAUUUCAAAGAUAAAUUUUCUAAUUUUGUAGAUUGCUUUGAUGAUGAGGUUGGUUUAGAUCAUGCUUUUAUAUUUGGGGGAUCAAAAAUCAAAGCUUAAUUAAUAAGAAAAUUACUCUCAACAAAAAUUAAAAAUAAUUAGUUAUGA